CAGCGAAAGUGAUUUGGAAACAGACGGGCUAGAAAUAGCUCUGGACACUUUGUGUGAAAGACACUGCAGCGACGAGUCGUCUCUGAAGAGCAAAGGCUAUUGCUCUGAGUUUUGUGAGUUGGUUGAGGAGUACACGGGACAAUGGCAAGUUCCUCUCCCUCAGCUGAAGGUGCUGCGGACUGCACUCUGCAGUUUCACCAAAGCCACUGCUGCCUUCCGCGAUGACUGUCAGCACAUCCACUAUGUCCUCAGCAGUAUGGCCUUGAGCUUCUUUGAACUGAUGCUGUUUUUCAGCAAAGAAGAGUUUGUGGAAGAGCCUUUAAAAGACAUUCUUGAUUCCUUUCAGGAGUGCCAUUCUCGGCUCCUGAGGCACAGGAACAUCUACCUACAGCGUGUGAAGCUGAUCAUCAAAGCAGGAGGGCCAUGGGAGAAUCCAGUGCUACAGGGAAUCCUGAAGGAGGCGGACAUGCCCCCAAAAGAGGUUGAAGAGUACUUGAGCUCAGAGUUGCCAGUAUUCUUUGAGCUGCGGAUUCGCUAUCUGCAGGCCUGUGAACGAAUGCAAGAGGCCAUGGCCCUGGCAAAAAGCUGCCUGGAAAAUCGUGAGGCUGGAAAGCAUCUGUACUUCCAUCAGGCCUACCUGACCUGCCUCUACAAGGCCUCGCUGCAUGAACACCUUUACAAGGAGAUGGCAGAGAUAGACGGCCGUGAUGCAGUGGAGAUAAUCUGCAACACAGAGAGCGUAGAAAAAGAUGAGCUUCUGCUGUCGCUGUGUAAAGCUUUCCUAACCCAGCAGCUACACAAUGGAGACAUGUACUACAUCUGGGACCUGGUGUUCAUCUGGAGCAGGUUGCAUCUGAGAGCCCAUCCCUCCAGACAUGGCUUCCUGGCCGAGUGCUUGCAGUUGGCGUCUUCUGCUACUAACGUCAGAGCCAUCUUCCCUUUCAUCAAACUGGUCACCACAGAGUUGGGAGUUGAAGGAGUCCAGGUCUGUGUGGAGCUUUGUGCCAGGGCCUUGCAACUGGGUGACAUGCAGGCCGACAGUGUAGCCCGUUCCCUUGUCUGCAAGACCAUUGCCUUCCUGCUACCUCAUGACCUGGAGAUCUGUCGAGCGUGUGCCCUGCUGGUCUUCUGCCAGGAACGCAGCCUAGAAGCCUACAGAACUGUCUGCCUGCUUUACAUGCAUCCAGACCAGGAGCCACAUCCCCACAAUAGCCCCAUCCGGACCAACGUUCGCUUCCAUAUUCUACAGAUGCUCAAGGAGCGCCUGUGUUUUGACCCCGAGUUUUGGAACCUCCUGACCCUCAGGACCCAUUGCUUGGAGUUGAUGAGUGACAAAGUCAUGAAGGCUGCUGUUCUCAGUGAGAUGGAGGAGGAAGAGGAAGCGCUCCUAAUAAAUAAGUGUGUAAAUGACUCGUGCACUCAAGGUUUCAAUUCCAGCCAUUGCACUGAAGCGGCGUUUGCGAAUCUUCCAGAGGAGCGGGCUGUGGAAGGAACAGAAAAGUGUGUAGCCCCAUCAAAUAAUGCUCUCCUGAAGAGGAGAAAAUGGAGGAAAAGCCUGCGAAGGAAAAUCAGAUCUAUGUGUGACGAUGAGGUUGACCUCAGUGAUGAUCCAGAGUUCAAAUACAAUCUUAAAUCCACCUCUAUAGGCAACAAGCCUGUGUAUUCACUAAGACGUAAUCACACUAACAUGGAAAAUUCUGCUUCCGGAAAAGUCCCUCUAAACCGCAAUAGAGAAUACUUGUCGAGAUGUGUGAAGAGCCAAAUUUUGAAAAGGAAGGGUAAGAAGAAAAGAUGGUUGCAGGGUCUUCCGAUGCUGGAGCAGGUGCAGACAGUUAAAGAGAAGAAGGUCAAAGUUAAAGGGAAAAAACGAGGACGGAAGUCUUCACAGAAACUGGAACUCUCCUAUCCUGAUAAUGAAAUUUCCUUUACAGAGGACGAGUCUGGUUUUGAGGAGCUAAGUGACACAGAAGAAAAAGAGCUUGAAAUGCCUCACCUGGAGAAUGAACUUGAACUAAAAAGGGAACAUGAAGAGAAUCAACAUGAGCAGAUGGAUGAUCUUGAGAAGGAAAAUGGACUCGAGAAACAUCCUGACUUGGUCUACGGUGGCGGUCUCAAUGAACAAACCCGAGAGGAAUCUAAAACACAGUCUUUUGAGGGUCUUCCUGGUAAGCCUCAAACUGCUGUUGAUGCUGAUCCUGAGCUUGAAGGGCCACCGUUGGAGUUAUUGGAUUGUCCAACAUUGUUACACAGCUACUCCAAAAGACCUGAUGGUGAGAAACCGCAACCUCCAGAACCAUCUGCACCAGAGGAGGUUAAUGGGGACACAGAAGAGGAGCCCCAACCCAUGGAGGAAACCAAAGUGGAAACAAAAGUGUCAAACACUGAGAUGAAAGUCAAGAGAACAUGGAAGGACAGAGUACUUCGAACUCAAAAAUAUGCCCACUUGACACAUCACUGCAACUUCUGUCACAAAGACUAUAAGGGAUUGAAUGUCAUGAGGCAUGCUCUGUCACACCUAAAGAGUAGAAAACUAAGAUGUAUACUCUGUGGAAAACGCUUUAAACAGCUCCCGUUUGCCAAAAAGCAUGUGAUGGACCACAUUGAUGAAAUGUGCAAGGAGCCAUGCACUGAGGACACUGCAGCUGCUAAUGGAAUAGUAGAUAAUGAUGAGAAGCCGAAACCUGCAGGCAAAAUGAAAGUGUCAAGCCUCAAGAGGGAAGAACGAAUCAUUAGGAACCUUCGCACCCUCAUCAAAAAGACAUCCGUGCUUCACAAGAAGUGCAAGAACCCUAACUCAAAUAUAUUCAAGCAGGUCGACUUCAAAGAUGAGCAGGUAGUCAUUACAGAUGGCCUGGUGAUUGUAAGAGAUCCGUCUGUGGUAGAGAAGGAGGAAGAAGGAGAGGUGGAGGAGAAGCCUGCAGGAGAAAACGGCUACGGAGUGGACAUUGCUUAUCACUUGUGCCCCUCGGAUUCCUGUGAUAGAGUAUUCUUGAGGGUCAGCACCACACUAACAAAGCAUGCCAUUAAAUGCCACAUUAGUGACGAGAAGGUGCUGGAGAAGACUUUUGUGUGGGCUAAAAACAAGUGCACCCUUUGCUUCAGGCAGAUACAGUUUCUCCAGCAUUAUAAGGACCACAUGAAGCUCCACGAUACUGCUCUCCAGCACUUCUGCUACCACGUGGAGUGUAACCAGCGCUUCUCGACACCACAGGAAUUAAAGGACCACGUCAAUACCCACAAGCCCUUCAGACCUCAGUGUCCAUUCACAGACUGCGAUAAGCUAUUCUCAAGCCUUCAAGGUCUCUUCGACCACGAAUGGAGACACUACAUCCCAGCACCUCAAAAGGAGGAGCUCGAGUUGGGACUCAACAGACAGAAGAAGCAGAGUGCUGAAGCCCCGUGGAAGCAGAGAGUGAAGGUUGAGGAGAUAUGGCUGCAGAGUAAAAAGGUGCAGAGUGACAGUCCCACCCUUGAUCACGUUGAGGCCUCCAAUCUUGAGGAUUUCAGAGAAACUAAAACUGAAGAUGAACCUUGUGAAAUAAGCACCCCAGACAUUAAUCAAGACCUGCCAAAACCCGAUGUCUGUUCAGAGAACACGUUAAGUCAUGAGCCCACGGAAGACAGCAAAGCCACUAUCAAUGGGCAUGAAGGUGAGAGAAGAAACCAAGUGUCCGAGAAAAACACUUCCACCUCCCAAACUGAUGCCACUGCAGCAAAACCAAGCAAGAGCUGUCGAAAAAGAAAGCCCGUCGAGUGGGACCCCUUGAAUGUGCGAGACCUUGAGGAUUUGUCCACUUUGUCUGAGGGGGUCCAGCAGAAGCUUGGAGAGCCACACAUCACUGAGCACAAAAGCUUCAAACCCGAAGAUCCAGUCUAUGCCACAUUUGUCAAAGCCCCCUUCAUCCGCCCGCCACCCUCCACCUACCUGGAUGAAUCUCGCCUUUCGAUGCACAAGAGGAGGUCCACUGAUGAGAAUCCUCCGAAGAAAAACACUUACUGGAGCUACAAGAAAAAGAAUGAGCUUGCGGCAGAGAAGCAGCAGCAGGAGGAUAAGCAGGCGUCUGCGCAGAAGAUUAGGCAUCGCUGUGACAAAUGUCUUUCCUCCUUCAGCAGCUUAGAAGAGUUUGAGAAACACCGAGCUGUUAACACCUGUUCUGCACUCUUUGGCUUCGAUUCCGAUGAUGAAAGUUAGUGAAGAGCUGCUGUGUUGACUGUACUCUGCCACCUGGCUCAGGGCAAGCAUUCAAGAUAAGGAACACUGGAAUCCUUCCCAAAUACUCAGAUACAGUAUUUAUUUAAUUCCUGAAGACCAGUUUGUAAACACUUAGGAAAUGUGUGCCAUAAUGGUUAAUUGGAGGUUGUUUUUUUAUUGAUAGAGCCUUUAUGAAGCAAUAAUUGCGAUGCCUAAAACUAGUUUUUUAUUUUUCUUCAAAACAUCCACAUGCUUUGUCAAGUUGGUAGAACAAAAAGAAUCUGUGAUAAAUAUGUAUUCUAUUUAUUUUCUCAGCAAAUCUUAAAAGUCAUGCUGAAAAAAUGCCCGGGAACUGACAAACCAAAUAUUGCCCAAGACAACCUCCCUAGAAUAAACAUACAAAAUAGCUGACCAUGUUGAAAUACUCAGUUUCAUAGCACCUUAGAAUUACUUUUAAGCACAGUAUUUUUAUGUCAGACCACAGAAUGCCAGCAUUUUAAUGACAACCCUUUGCCGGACUUGCUGUAUUGUAGUAAACUUACACACACUGUGUAUGUAACUGAAAGAUGCAUUUCAGUUUCACCUGUUGACGCCAUUAAGUACACAUGGGUCAUAUACUGAACAGUAUACCUUUAAGUCAGGUAAAGGGAGCCCAAAUUAACUUAAUUUUUUAUCACUUCAAAAUUUUAAUUUAAUUUGGAUUUAAUCUGGCUUUUUUAUUUUUCAUUAAGCCUUGUUAGAUCAAGUGGAUUUAAGCAUUUUUACAUUUAUUGUAAACCUUGUAAGGCAAAGUUCGCCAGUUAACUUAUUUCAUAGACAUCAAUAAUUUAUUUUACGAUCUAAUAAACUACAUUAAAAAAGGGGUUGGCAUUAAGAUUCUCGCUUUGAAUAGUUUUUUUCUCCUCAUGCUUUGCUGGCAACAUUUGCCCAAAGAGGGUUUCCCAUCAUAUGUCUGAUGUGUUCAAAUGAUGCCAUUAAUGGCUUCAGCUUCUAAAUUUAAAUUCCAAUUCCAUUUUUUCCAUAAAGGUAUGGAUUUACAUACCGUAUAUAAUAAGCAGUGUUUGCAACUGUAUGGCUUAUUAUUUUUAAAAAUCAUUUUAAUGGAUGGAAAAAUUAGGUCAGUGCUGUUAAGCAUGUUUGUUUUAAUUACUCUAGUCUUCCAAAUGAAUCACAGCCCUUUCUGAGCUUUGGUCUCUGGAGCGGAUGUCUAAAACCUCUCAUAGAAAUGACAGUUAAUAGCGGAUAUGUGGUGGUUGUGUUUUCUUUCAAAUCUCUCUUUGAACAAAUCUUCCAAAACCUUGUCACAUACAACACGUUUUCAAACCUUAAGAGGAGGCAUUUUCAGCAUAAUUUGCGUGGGCAGCUGUAUUUGUCUUUAAGCACGAGUGGUUUUGCCUUUGUUAACUAGUCUUCUGUUCAUAAUAUGACAACAGGCAUCACUGACUCAUUAAAGCUGUGACCAAUAUAUCUCAAUCCAUGUAAAUCUGCCUUCAAACUGUCACACUAUUAUUCUGUACAGUAUACAAAUUAUUCACAAUUUUAUUAGUGCCAAGACUGAAUCACAGUGUUAAUUUAGAUACACAUUAAAAGGGAACUUUGCAGAUUUUCAGCAUGCUCUCUGUCAUCACAGUGUGUGCAGAUAAGCUGUGUCUUUGGCAAAGUUUCCUUGAAAAUUAGUAAUACAGUACCAGUAUGCUUUGAAUCAUUUUCACUCAAUUUAUCUCCAUGAUCACAUCUUUCAUUAUGUCAAAUACGUCACAUUGGUUUGUUAUGUAUAUACUUUUGAGAUGGUUGCUCUGAUUAAUAACUUUUAAUGUAAUAUUUUUUAUGGAACUGUGCACUUAAACCUGCUUAUUUAUAUGUAAAAAUGUGAAUAGAUUGGAUUUGUACAGGUAUUGACGAUUCCCCAUCUAUUUUUCUUAAAGAAAGUGAUUACAUUUGUUUGAAUAAACAAAUGAAACUAAAA